CGCCUUUUGCUCAAAGUUCCGCGGUGUGUCAACACGAAACAUGUGCGUGAAACACGGAAGUCAACUUAUUAAAUCGCAUAUCUGUAACGUAAUAACAUAAAUAUAGCUUUUUGCUUAUGUAAGUGUUAGUUUUAUAGUAUGCGCGCGAAGGUAGAUUGUCACGUCCGUCAGGAAAUACGCGCCUAAAGUCCCCCAGUUGCUCAGGCUUGUCAGGACAUGGCCGCUCACUGUGGAGAUGUGAUGCCACUCUAGUGAUGGAGAGAUGAAGACGGAGGUGCCAGAUUCAUCUCUCCUUCAUUCUCACUAUUUGGGGCAGGGGCUGAUGGGAAAAAAGGGGGAAUAGAUGGAGAGAGAAGAGAAAAAACAGACUGAGAGGAAAGAGUGGCCGGCCCCACCUGAUGAGGAAGGAGAUGCUGAUAGUUUUACAAAUAAAAGAAGGGCGAUGCUGAUGGAGACGGCUGCUGGACCAGAUUUUUUCGGGAAGCUGGAGACGGAGGAUAGUCCACCGUUAGGAGUCUCUCUUUGCUCUGAGCACACAGACACCUGGGCUCCGUCCAUCGUGUCGUCCUCUUCCUCCUCUCUGCCCUGUCUCUCUCCUCCUCUUCCUCCGUCGGUGGGUCUGGACGGUGUGCUGGUGGAGGAGCGGCUGGUGCUGGACGUGUAUCGGGGUGGAGCAGAGGUGCUUCCGGUGUUCUGGGAGUUUGUUCAGGAGCGGAUGAGAGGCCUGCAGUAUCUCAGACUGGGCUCAGAGGACGAGGGGGCACUAGAGAGAGCAUUGAGGGUCCUGCCCCGACUGACACAACUGCGCUCUCUGGCCAUCAGAGGUUGUCGUUUUCAUGAUCCUCAGGGCGAUCCUCUGCCCGGUCUCCUCUCCUCUCUGCCAGACUCUGUCUCUUCUCUGUCUCUCCUCGUCCACCUCGAUCUCUCCUUUAAUCGUUUCUCUUCUCUUCCUUCAUGUCUUCUGUCUUUCUCUCAUCUCUCUGAGCUCCUGCUGUGCCACAACAAUCUGACGACUCUACCGGAGGGCAUUGGAGCUCUGGCAUCCCUGCGGCGGGUGAGUCUGCUUGGGAACCGUCUAGUGGAUCUGCCCCAGGAUCUGGGCCUCCUCUGCGGGCUGGAGGAGCUGGACGUGUCCUUUAACCUGCUGGAGAAACUUCCAGAUGAACUGGGCCAACUGCAGAACUUACAGCGGCUGGAGCUGUCAAAUAACAGAUUAAGAUCUCUGCCAGAGACGCUGGGGUCUCUGCGCUCUCUGAGGCAGCUGCUAAUCCAGAGUAAUGAUCUGAGGAGUGUUCCUGACUGUUUACACUCACUUCCGAUGCUUGACAAGCUGGAUGUGAGGAACAACCCGCUGGGGCGCCCGCCAACACCACCUCCGCUUGCCCAACUCACCCCAGUUGUGGAAGAUUCUGAAAUCCCAGAGCUACAUCUUGGAUUCAAUCAACACAGUUUUCAAGUGUCUCCUGCUGGCUGUCACGUGUUUCUUCCUGGAGGGGCGGAGCUCUUGUUUCCAAGGCAAUGUGUAGGUGUGGUCACUCAGCUUCAGUGGGCAGAGAAGAGGCCGGACAGGAAGUGGGUGUGGCUAGAGGAGCAUGAUGUGCUGUUGAGUCGCCAGCUGGAGCUCCGCCCACACGGAGCCACAUUUGAGAAGCUGGUUGGGGUGUGUAUUCCCUAUCGUAAAACACGGAAAGGUGACGUGGUGGUUCGCAGGUUUGAUGGUCAGUCUUGGACGACACUGACCACCAUGACCAGAAGAGGAAGUGACAAACACAGCUGCAGGCCUGGAGGACGUCCUGCACGGCUGGCCUGCUGCAGUGUGUCUCAGUUCUCCUGGUUUGUGGCCGUGUGUUGUCCAUUCCUGGACAGUUGCAGUGUGUCUCCAGAGGGGGCGCUGCUUGUCUCUCAAUGCGACCCGGGGAUCAAACUCAGUUUCCCUCCAAACUGUACAGCGGAGACGCGCACCGUCACACUGCAGGUUCUGCAGGUGGCUCUGUCUGAGGUGCAGGAUCUGGCUGGAGACCCUCAUGCCAGUGCUGGUCCACUGCUGCGUCUCUCUCAAACUCCCAGCAUGCACUUCCUUCAGCCAAUCAGAGUGCAAGUUCCUCUCCCACCUGGAGUGACAGGACACAUGUUGGACCUGUCCCGUCUGCACCUGAUGCAUGGCGACCCCACGGCCCACACCUGGACAGACGUCACCGCUCAAGUGUCCCUGUACGUCACACACAUCUACGCCGUCUUCUUCAUCACACACUUCUCAUGGUACUGGUUGUGGUACACCACUCACAGGUGUGUUAGCGGAGUGGUCAGAAAGAUGUAUCGCCGAUUGAAACAGUUUCGGGUUCGAUUCCUGGCGCUACAGAGGAAAAACGACCCAGAGCAGAUUCUGCUGCAGUGCCUGCCAUCUGACAAGGCUGAAAGCCGGCUGGAGUCUCUGGCGGAUCAGUAUGAAGGCCCUCAGCCGUCUGAGCUGUGUGUCCUGCUGGAGGGAGAGCAGUUUUUCGCUGGCUUUGAGAGAGGCAUUGACAUCAACUCAGACCGUCCAGACUGUAAAGAUGGCAGACUCUCGUUCACCUUUUACUCUCACCUGAAGAACAUUAAAGAGGUCUACGUGUGCGCGACCCACCCGGUCCAGACCACUGUUAGAGGACAGGUGUCUUUUUACCGGGGUGAAGUGCCUAGUGAUCUUCCAGAGGAAGUGGCCAGAAAAAGAAAAGGUCACGAUGACCAGUGGAUGGCGACACUUCCUCUGCGGAUUCCUAUUAUUGUGCAUAUGAUAAAAUGGUCAACUCAUCUGGAAUCAUUUGUGAAACAGAACUCAGAGAUUGACGGGAGCAUCUCAGGUGAGCUGAAUCUGGGCGACCCAGAAAGCGGAUACCUGACCCAGACCAACCUGCUGUCCAUCUCCUUGCGCAUCAACCAGGAGUGGCAAAACAUCGGCAUCAACCUGGGCAUGAGCUACGAGCAGCUGGAGCGCAUCCGCCACCAGCACAGGGAUAACUUCGGGGCGCAGGUACUGGCGAUGCUCUUUCAUUGGGCUAGAGGGCAGCAGGGGGCGGGGCCUGGGGCGGUGCAGCGGCUAAUGACAGCGCUGGUGGACAGUGGUAGGCGGGACUUGGCAGAGGAAGUAGAGGACAUAGUGACUCUGGGGAAGAGGAAGUAUGAAGAAUCACUAAAGAGAGUCGGGCUGGAGACACCGGUUACAUCUACAGAGCCUCAGUCCAGCUGAGACACACACACAACAUACUGUGCAUUCAUUGAGACUGUCUGUCUGAAUGAAUGAGGUCAGACGCCUCUCAAUAAGUCCAGCAGGUGUGUUUUAUUCAUUGUGGGACAUGUAGGAUUUUCACACUGUGCCAAAUGAGCCAUGAAUGUUUCUUACAUUGGUUUUAAUGUUUAAAUUAUCAAAAUAAUUUAUGUGGAUGAAUCUUGUGCAGCCUUGGAAAAAAGGUAAUAUUUUACACCUAAAAACUAAAUAUGCACACACAUAUGUUGGGUUUGGUGGUUAAUGAGGACUCUCCAUACUCUCCAUGGCUUGAAUGGAGAAACCACCUUUAUAGAGUACGACUCAGUCAUACCCAAGUAAUUAUACUAUUUUGUGUCCUUGUAAACUACAUUAGAGCACAUCUAAAUCAAACUAAAUAUACACACAAACACACUUAUGUUGGGUUUGGUUGUUUAUGAGGACACUCCAUACAUUAUAAUGUAUUUUAUACUGUAAAAAAACACUUAUUUUAUGACCGUAACCCAUCACUACCUCUAAACCCAACCCUCACAAGAAACAUGGCCAAGUUUGAAUGUCAAAAAACAAACAGUUAAGCAUCAUUUGUAUCUGUUUAACAUUACAAGGACAUGGCUUGAAUGGAGAAAACACCUUAAUAAGAGUAUGACUCAGUCAUACAUAAGUAAUUAUACUAUGCUGUGUCCUUGUAAACUACAUUAGUGCACAUCUAAAUCAAACUAAAUAUACACACAAACACCCAUAUGUUGGGUUAGGUGGUUUAUGAGGACUCUCCAUAGGCAUAAUGUACUUUGUACUUUAAAAAACACUUAUUUUAUGCCCUUAACCCACCCCUACCCCUAAACCCACAUGGAAACAUGGGCAAUUUUGAAUGUCAAAAAACCCUGGUGAGCAUGACUUUUAAGCAUUUAACAUGGCUUGAUUAGAGGACAUGGCUUGAUUAGAGAAACCUAAACCUAAAUCAAACUAAAUAUACACUCAAACACAGAUAUGUUGGGUUUAGUGGUUUAUGAGGACUCUUCAUAGGCAUAAUGUGAUUUAUACUGUAAAACACACUUAUUUUAUGAACUUAAACCCCCCUUACCCCCAAACCCAACCCUCACAAGAAACAUGACCAAGUUUGAAUGUGAAAAACCCCUGUUAAAGAGAAUUAUUUAUUGAUGUACCCAUUGUAUGUUAAUAACGUCUACCCCAACCCUACAUCCAACACUGACAGUAACGUAAAAACAGUAACUAUACCAAGUAUUAUUAUUAUUUAUGAGGACUCUCCAUAGGCGUAAUGUGAUUUAUACUGUAAAAACUCUUAUUUUAUGACUUUAUUCAACUCCUACCCCUAAACCCAAACCUCACAGGAAACAUGGCCAAGUUUGAAUGUCAUAAAACCCUGGUAAGCAUGACUUUUAAGCAUUUAACAUUACAAGGACAUGGCUUGAUUAGAGGAACCACCUUAAUAGAGUACGACUCAGUCAUGCCUAACUAAUUUUACGAUUUUGUGUGUUUGUAAACUACAUUAGUGCACAUCUAAAUCAAACUAAAUAUACACACAAACACAGAUAUGUUGGGUUUGGUGGUUUAUGAGGACUCUUCAUAGGCAUAAUGUGAUUUAUACUGUAAAACACACUUAUUUUAUGCCCUUAACCCACCCCUACCCCUAAACCCAACCCUAACAAGAAACAUGACCAAGUUUGAAUGUGAAAAACCCCUGUUAAAGAGAAUUAUUUAUUGAUGUACCCAUUGUAUGUUAAUAACGUCUACCCCAACCCUACAUCCAACACUGACAGUAACGUAAAAACAGUAACUAUACCAAGUAUUAUUAUUAUUUAUGAGGACUCUCCAUAGGCGUAAUGUGAUUUAUACUGUAAAACACACUUAUUUUAUGACCUUAUCCAACUCCUACCCCUAAACCCAAACCUCACAGGAAACAUGGCCAAGUUUGAAUGUCAAAAAACCCUGGUAAGCAUGACUUUUAAGCAUUUAACAUUACAAGGAUAUGGCUUGAUUAGAGAAACCACCUUAAUAGAGAACAACUCAGUCAUGCCUAACUAAUUUUACGAUUUUGUGUCCUUGUAAACUACAUUAGUGCACAUCUAAAUCAAACUAAAUAUACACACAAACACAGAUAUGUAAGGUUUGGUGGUUUAUGAGGACUCUUCCUAGGCGUAAUGUGUAUUUUACUGUAAAACACACUUAUUUUAUGCCCUUAACCCACCCCUACCCCCAGACCCAACCCUCACAAGAAACAUGGCCAAGUUUGAAUGUGAAAAAAAACCUGUUAAAGAGAAUUAUUUAUUGAUGUACCCAUUGUAUGUUAAUAACAUCUACCCCAACCCUACAUCCAACACUGACAGUAACGUAAAAACAGUAACUAUACCAAUUAUUAUUAUUAUUUAUGAGGACUCUCCAUAGGCGUAAUGUAUUUUAUAUUGUAAAAACUCUUAUUUCAUGACUUUAUCCAACUCCUACCCCUAAACCCAAACCUCACAGGAAACAUGGCCAAGUUUGAAUGUCAAAAAACCCUGGUAAGCAUGACUUUUAAGCAUUUAACAUUACAAGGACAUGACUUGAUUAGAGAAACCACCUUAAUAAAUACAACUCAGUCAUGCCCAACUAAUUUUACAAUUUUGUGUUCUUGUAAACUACAUUAGUGCACAUCUAAAUGAAACUAAAUAUACUCACAAACACAGAUAUGUUGGGUUUGGUGGUUUAUGAGGACUCUUCAUAGGCAUAAUGUGAUUUAUACUGUAAAACACACUUAUUUUAUGACCGUAACCCACCCCUACCCCCAGACCCAACCCUCACAAGAAACAUGGCCAAGUUUGAAUGUCAAAAAAAACUCUGUUAAGCAUGACUUUUAAGCAUUUAACAUUACAAAGACAUGGCUUGAAUGGAGAAAGCACCUUAAUAAAUACAACUCAGUCAUACCUAAGUAAUUAUACUAUUUUGUGUUUUCUUAAAUUAGUACUACAUUAGUACACAACUAAAUGAAAAUGUAUCAUAAAUAUACACACAAAGACAUAUAUGUUGGGUUUGGUGGUUUAUGAGGACUCUCUAAACGUAAUGUACUUUGUACAGUAAAAAAAACACUUAUUUUAUGACUUUAACCCACCUCUACCCCUAAACCCAACCCCCCAUAGGAAACAUGGCCAGGUUUGAAUGUAAAAAACAAACAGUUGAUCAUGAUUCUAAGCGUUUAACACUACAAGGACAUGGCUUGAAUGGAGAAACCACGUUAAUAGAGUAUGACUCAGUCAUAUUUAAGUAAUUAUACUAUUUUGUGUCCUCGUAAACUACAAUAGUGCACACACACAACAUUGAAAAAUAAUCAAGAGAUCACUUUUUACAUUUUUUUUUUCUGGAUUAGGUUUGGGUUUAAGUAGAAUGAUAAUAUAUAGCUUAUUCUUUUAAAGUCAGAUGACGUUUAUUCAACAUUUAAAUCAAAUAUUGUUAUUAAGAGAUCCCCCCCCCCCAGAAAAUAACAGUGAAAUAACAAUGUUUUUAUUUGAAUUGUAUCAAAAAUUGAUUUCGUAACGCUAACGAAAUGAAAACAUUCAUGUUGUGUCAGUGGUUUACAACAUUUUUCUAAAUAUCUUCUUUUGUGUACAACAGAAGAAACUCAAGCUAGUAAAAAGUAAAUGACAGAAUUGUCAUUUUUAGGUGAACUGUCCCUUUAACGAAUGCACAAAUCCUGAGGGACGUAACGCUAGACUACUCUUUUCUAUUUAUUAUUUAUUUUGUUGCGGUUUGACCAGGAAGUGUUCACAUCCCUGCCAGCACAGCACAAUAAAACUCUGCACGAUCCAAAAUCAAUUAAAUUAUUAAAUCAGUGA